CGCCUCCUCCCCACCGACCCCCGCAGGCUCCAGCGUGCACUCCUUCCCUGUUUCUGCCUUCUUCCUUCUCCUCCUAACAAAACACCCUUUUUCCACUGGUCCCGUCGAUAUCCCAACCUUCCGCCUCCUCCCCACCAACACUCGCAGGUCCAGAAACCCAAAUAUGAUUGCCUUCUCUUCGAUCUCGAUGACACUCUGUACCCACUCAGCUCUGGUUUAGCGGCUUCCUGCUGCACUGCAAUUAUAGAUUAUUUAGUGGAGGAAUUGGGGAUCGAGGAAAGCAAGAUGCCAGAAUUAGGCAACCUUCUGUACAGGAAUUAUGGCAUAACAAUGGCUGGCUUAAGGGCUAUUGUCUACAACUUUGACUAUGAUCAUUACCACAGUUUCGUUCAUGGAAGACUACCUUAUGACAACCUGAAGCCUGAUCCUGUUCUGAGACAACUCUUGCUCAGCCUCCCAAUUCGCAAACUCGUUUUCACAAACGCUGAUAAAGCUCACGCACUGAAAGGGCAGAAGAAACUGGGACUCGAAGACUGCUUCGAGGGAAUAAUCUACUUCGAGAUGCUGAAUCCGCCGACGCCGUCUUGCUCAAUCCAAAAGUCAACCGAAAUUUUCGACAUCGUCGGGCACUUCUCCCGGGCGGACGUUGCUGCCGUCGACGCGCUGCCCCGACGCCAGUGCUCUGCAAGCCGUCGCCGGAAGCCCUGGCGAUUACCAGAAACCUCUUGCUUGAAUUGCAGUGUUAUGGAAGAAUUUAUGGAAAAAUAAAUAAGCACAAUAAUUAUUUUUCCAUGUAAGUAAUUAAUGACGGCUUAUUACCGGUUAAAAAUUUUAAUGUUAGAA